CCCCGUGCCGCGUGCGCGCCAUCCAGUUUUGCGAUUCAAAUGUCGUAUUGUCGUUGUUGACUUCUGUGCUCUGUCUAACCUCAAAAUUUCACCGGGCAUGAGACCGAGAUGAGGCUGGCCUCCUGUGGAGAAAGUCUGCCGUCAAUGCUUCGUCAAAGAAGAAAAUAAUUUCCAAUUGUGAAAGUUGGAAUCAGAAACAAAGCGAAAAAUGUCGGGGACGAUAAGGCAGCUGGAGGAGCGCCAGCUUCCCAAUGAAAUCAUCCUCAUGCACUGGUCUCCCAACAUGGAUCUUCUGGCAAUAGUCAAUUCUAAAGGAGAGUUGGCUCUCCACCGACUGAACUGGCAGAGAGUUUGGCAGCUGAGCUCUCCCGAGGAGGGAGAGACGAUAAGCAACAUCGCCUGGAGACCGGAUGGUAAACUCAUCGCGAUCACUUACGUCAAUUCAAAGUCACUCUGCCUAGUCGAUAUUGAAAACAAAAAUAUUGUACACAAGACUCAGCUGAAGUCGGAUGAACCCUGCACGUGCAUCGCAUGGUUGUCUCUUACACCCCCUGGUUGCAAUAACAAUGCUACAGAGAAAAUGUCCUCGUCUUGCACUGGUGAUUACCUGCCUCCUCUACCUAACUUGAAUAGGAGCUUUGGUCAAGAGCCUGAGCGAAAAGAGUAUCUGUCUCAAACGCUGGAUAUGCUAUUCCUUGGACAAAGCCAUGGCAAUAUCAUGAUGUACAUAUUUGGAAUGUUUUACUGCGGUAGGAUUGUAGUUGGCAAUGGACCUGUCUUAGAGGUCAGUGGUGGAGCUGGUAAAGCUCUGUGGGCUAGCUGGAAAAGCACCGAGUGCGUGGUGGUUGUAAGGCUAUCGUGCUCUUUACUCCAAAACAGCGAAGCAUUUUUAAAUUUGGCGCAAAGUCAAGCUCAUGUAGAAUGUUUAAUGGACUACUUGGUACGGACAUUAAUGGCUAUUUCUGAAGCCUGGGAAACUAUUCUGUUAGAAAUGGACGAGAAACUAGCAAAGUAUGCUGCAGAUAAACCACCAGGGAGUGUGGCAGCAGACUUUUUAGAACUACUCAUGAUAGGAGUUCCCUCAGCGGAUCUAGUUAAUUUUUUACUGCGGGAUCUCACUGAAAAGGGAUUGAAAAAGUUGGGUCAGAGUAUUGACAUGUGUUAUAACAAUAUUCAAAAACUAGUCUUGAAACACUUGAGUAGUGUUGGCAUGGCUUUGGUAUAUCACUUAGCAGAGAUGAGAGGAAUGGUUAGAUUUGGUGGAGCUUAUGAAGCUUUAGGACUUAAGGACGAAGCUCCCAUUACCAAUGCCAUCAGUGCUGCUCAAUCAUUUUUGGCAAAAACUUCUGAGGUUCAGCAAAUAAUAGAUCAAAAUAUGCGUGAUUACAAAGCUUUUAUAAGGUGGCUUUACAUAAUUAUAUUGAGGUUAAACGAGGAGAGAAUCCCAGCUGACAUGACUAAAGUAAGUCAGCAGGAUCUCACGUACAUUGCGGAAUUUUUGCGUGGGUUUGACAAAAUAGAGGAGAACGCUAGUAAAAGGAAAGGCGUGAAUUUAGAAAAGUUAGGUCAGUACUUGAGGCAAGAUCCUCUGCAAACUUGCUUCAGUCCUGAAGGUAGUGAAUGGGCUUCUAUGCUUGUGGAAAACAGAUGUCUACAAACUCACCCACUUAUUAUAAAACCAGACUUUGAAGGCUCUCUAUUACAGGCACAUGCAACUCUCAUUGAGACUGUUAAUCAAGUGUUUGUUUGUGCCUAUCAAGACUUAACUCACCAUUUUAAACAGAAUAUCAUGCCUUUAAAUUCAUCCACAAGUACCUUGUCUUCUCAGAUUAUCACAAAUGACGGAAAUUUAUUUAUUGCGGUGCCUAGUGAAAAUCAUAAGAUACUUGAAUUACAUAGAAUCAAUUUCAUUGCUGCAAACGAGCCACUAGUUCGUAAAACAAUUCGAAUCGACGUUUGUAAUAAACAAGCUCCUGCGACUCCAUCAAAGAGAGCAGAAGACCAACAAGUAUCAGAUUUGCAAUUUUAUUCUCAAGACUACUUGAGUUUAAUGCUUUUGAAUCAAGAAAGUAACACUUCUUGUUUGGUACAACUCUCAAUGAACAAUCCAAAAUUAAACAAUCCACAGAACAUGAGGCCAGAUUUGAUAGUCAAUUUAUGUGACGUGUCUCAUCCCAAUUACUCUAAACCUUUCCAAGAUAUUUCACCAAGGAAAUUGGCCGUGAGUGGACCGCGUAAGGUAGCUGCAAUUUUAAGCGACAAUAAGAGAAAAAUCAGAUUGCUUGAAACAGAAGUAGAUCCUGAGGACGAUGAUGAAGAAGAAGAGAACGAGACAUUUGAUGACAGUAUGAUGGAUGUCACACCAGGUACUGCUGCAAAUACAUCUCUAACGUAAUUAAAUAUCUAUCCGAUCUCUAACGAAAUUAAUUUGUUAAAUAUUAAGUUUGUAUUUUUUUACUGUUCAAUUAAAUUGAAUUUAUUAAAAUUCUUUAUUGAAUCGUAUUUACAGUAUUCACGCAAUCAUCUCAAAAUAUUAUGUACAGUAAUUACAUAGGCAUUAUAAUACCUUAGACUUGAAUAUAAUCAUAAGAAAUGAUGGUUUUGACGACUCAAUUCAUCUUUUAAGAAUGUUUUACUACUUCAUCACUUAGUUUCCAUUAAGCUUAUAAAAAACGUACGCAUUUCAAUUCGCUUCUCUUAUUCAAUAAAAUAAUAAGCUUGGUAUACAGUAGGAUAUUAUUAUUACUAUUAAUUCUGUUAUUUGAAUUCUACUAAUAAGUAAAAAUAUAACUUUACGGGUAACAAAAGAUCACCAGCACUUUGAUUGUUCUAAGUUCUAAGUACAAAAAUGAAUUAUAUUACAAUGGCAUAUUGGCCUGUCCCUUUUGCAUCUGUUGAAACACUUUUGGAAAAUCAACAUCCAUACCCAUGUUGUCAAUGCCACCUGCCUCGAGUGUUCUUGGUGCUGGAGUUACUGGUGCUGAUUGAACAUGGCCCACAUAUCUGGCUGGUGUAUUUUCUCGAGAUUCCUCCAUCAUGUC